AUGGAGGCGUAUGGGCUUUCACGGCGUGGUGCUGCAAAUGUCGAGGCCAUUUGGCCGCGAAUCAGUACUGCUGCCACUGAAAGGGAGCGGGCAACGGAAGAUUCUUACAUUGACGUGUCGACUUCUGAAAAUUGGCUCAUCCGAGAAGAGCUCAUCGAACUCUACAAGAAGGCUGUGGAUGAUAAUCUGAGCGGCCGACACCUCUCGUACCCGAAUGGGUUUGCAGGGGAUACAGAACUAUUGGAUGCGUUGGCACAGUUUUUCAAUUCCUACUUCAAGCCUUACAUCCACGUGCUGCCCGGACAGCUUGCAACUGCCCCAGGCGCUGCGUUUUCUCUCGACGCUCUCCUAUACAAUAUUUGUGAAAAGCUCCAAUCGAAUCUAGCUGAUUUGCACUCUGCAGGUGGCUUCGACUGGUUACUGAAUGUCAAGGCCGGUGUACAGCCUGUUUUUGUCACAGUAGAAACUUUUGAUGAUGUAUUGACCUCAAAACUAAUCCCGGCUUUGGAAAAUACCCUCACUAGCUCCCCUUAUCCUAUCAAAGGCUUGCUAUUCACAAACCCCCAUAACCCCUUCGGUCAGUGUUAUCCAUCUGCGGUCAUCAUGGAAGUCAUAAAAUUCUGUAAUGCCAAAGGCAUCCAUUUCAUUUCCGACGAGAUAUACGCUCUGUCGAAAUUUGAAUGUCCAGAUGUACCAGAGCCAGUGCCAUUUACAUCAGCAUUGCAGCUCGAUAUUGAGGGCAUGGGAUGUAAUCUUUCGCGUGUACACACGAUUUGGAGCCUGAGCAAAGAUCUAGGCUCAAGUGGUCUACGAAUGGGGUGCUGUGUUACACAGGGGAACAGGCCUUUGGUAACGGGCUUAGCCUUGGUUUCCAACACACAAAUGUCGUCUCUCACAGCAAUUGCUGCUACGAGCCUCCUUAGAUCAACUCAACUCCCAAGCCUUUUAGUGCUUAACUCUGAGCGCCUUGCACAAUCUUAUGAGCGCUUAACCUCGGUGUUGAGAGAACGAGGUGUUUCGUAUAUCCCUUCGAACAUGGGACCCUUUGUCUUUGCAAGGAUAUCACCAACAGCACAGUCAUGGGCUGAGGAGGUUGAAGCGAUGCGAGUUUUCAAAACGGCAGGGGUAGUAAUUUCGGCGGGCCGGGGUUAUCAUGUGGUUGAUGGAGAAAAAGGUUGGGCCAGAAUCAACUUUGCUAUGCCGCCUAAAAUCUUGACCAAAGCUCUCAAACGGCUUAUUAUUGGAUUCGAUGGACUGUCCAUGAAUAGAGAAGCAGAGUCUACCCAGAAGUGA